AUGGAGUUUCUUCUUAGUGGGGUGGCUGCCUGUGGGGCUUGCCUCUUUACCAACCCCCUGGAGGUGGUGAAGACCCGGAUGCAACUCCAAGGAGAACUACGUGCUCCUGGCACCUACACCCGCCAUUAUCGUAAUGUCUUCCAUGCCUUCUACACCAUUGGACGGGUGGAUGGGCUGGCAGCUCUCCAGCGAGGACUUUUGCCUGCUCUGUUCUAUCAGUUCUGCUUUAACGGCAUCCGUUUGGGCACCUACGGGAUACUUGAAUCGGCAGGCUACAUCCACACGCUGGAAGGACGUGUCAGCCCGCUGCGGGCCACACUGGCAGGAGCUCUGGCUGGUGUCAUGAGUGCCACUGUGAGCAGUCCCCUGUAUUUGGUGAAGACUCACCUUCAGGCUCAGUCGGUUUCUGAGAUUGCUGUAGGACAUCAGUAUAAGCACCAGGGGAUGUUCCAUGCGUUUUGGAGGAUCCACAAGGAGCACGGUGUGCUGGGGCUGUGGCGUGGGGCCAUUUCUUCUGUGCCGCGAGUCAUGGUGGGUUCCUCUACGCAGCUCUCCACCUUCUCCUUUUCCAAACAGUUCUUCAGCGGCCUUGAGAUCUUCCCUAAAGACAGCUGGCUGAUUGCCUUGUGUGCCGGAAUGACCAGCAGCUUCACCGUGGCCAUCGCCAUGACACCUUUUGAUGUGGCCAGCACACGCCUCUAUAACCAACCUGUUGGACCUGAUGGCCAGGGUAUGAUGUACAAAAGCCUGCUAGAUUGCCUGGCCAAAAUCAUCCGGAUGGAGGGCUUCUGGGGGGUCUACAAAGGUGUAGGAGCUUCUUACUUCCGCAUCGGGCCGCACACGAUCCUCAGCCUUCUCUUCUGGGAUCAGCUGCGCCACGUCAACCUCCACUGGCCGCAGGAGUGAAGCCGGUCGUGCGGGAGAUGCCCACCGCAAUUUCCACGUUGCUACUUCUCUCAGGGGGAGCCCAGACCUCCCCGUGAGUCAAGCCAGCCUCAGACAUUUGAAGCCAGCAGGCUGGUGACUUCAGAGAAAGCUGUUGGUUGCCUCUUCCUUGCCCUCCGUCCCUUCAUUUUUGGUCAUUCCCACCUCUUGGUCCCCUUUCCUUACUAUUGCUACAGAUUGGGGAGAAGGUAAUGUGCAAAUCUUUCUCCUGCCCGGAACAGUAAUACCACAAUUGUAACUUCUGGGCCGAGGAGGCAAAUGCAUCACACCAGAACCUUUCCCAGACCUGAAGCUUGUGCAGGAGCAUGCUUGGUCCAACCUGUGGUGAAGCGCCAUCCGUCCACUGCAGAAGAUGGACUUCUGUCUGCUUGAUAAUGGCCUCUGAGUCCCAUCACCUAGGAGUACCUCCAAAAGCUUUACUGAGGACCCUUGUGGGGUCACUUCUAUCCAGUCUGCAAAGUUACAGGGCUUUUGUAAAGGUUGAGAGAGAGGCCCCAAGUUUCUCGAACUGUUUCCAUGGCAACCAAGGAGAUCCACAGGUAGGCCUCACCUCGCCUUUGUCCAUCUGUAUUGCAACCAGCUAGCCUCUAGGUGGCGCUAGAGUGUCAUCCCUCUCUAGGAUUUCUUUUUCCCAUUUUUUUCCCUUAUGGAGAAUUAAAACUACAAUUCCAUGGACCGAAGGUGAGGGAUUAGGCAACACAUGGUCUUCCUGCUACAUAUGGGAA